AUGGAGUCUCAUACUAUUGAGAAAGUGCCACACACGACACAAGCAGAAGAGAACCCAGUCAUGAAAUCAGAAUCCCAGCAUGUUUCUGAACACCGCCGCCAGAAAUGGUACGAGUGGUUUGCGCCAACAGAUACACCUGCCGAACGGAGAUUAAUCCUGAAGCUCGACGGGUUGAUCAUUGUCUUUGUCUUCCUGGCCUAUUGGGCCAAGGUCCUUGACUCGUCUGCGACAAGUACUGCCUAUGUGAGCGGUAUGAAGGAGGAUCUCAAGCUGUAUGGGAACCAGCUAAAUUACCUACAGACGGUAUACAUGGUUGGAUUUAUUACGAUGCAGAUCCCUUUGACGCUGGUGAUGACCCGCUGCCCGGUCAACUACUUCCUCCCAGCCGCGGAUCUAUUCUGGGGGGUUUUCACUUUGGCACAGUACAAAGCCAGCAACGUCACUCAGCUCUACGCUCUGCGAUUCUUCGUCGGAGCUCUCGGUGGCUUCUUUUUCCCGGCUGUUCAAUGGUACCUGGGAUGCUGGUACAAGCGCUCAGAACUGUCCCGCCGAGGUGCCAUCUUCUUCAUUGCCAGUCAGGUCGGCAGUAUGAGCUCUGGGUAUAUACAAGCAGGAGCUUAUGCAAGACUCGAUGGUCGAUAUGGGAUUGAAGGCUGGAGAUGGCUAUACAUCAUCUACAAAGGCUUUGCCUGCACAAUCCCCAUUGCUUUCCUCGGUCUAUGUCUCUUGCCCAGCACACCAGAUAAAUGCACUUCCCGCUUCCUCAACGAGGAUGAAAUCCGUCUUGCACAGGAGCGCAUGGCAUCGGAAAACCGCCAGGCUCGCCAGCCAUUCACCAAGUCGAAAGUCCUUGAGAUCUUGAAGGGCUGGAGACUGUGGGUUCUAGUCACAUUCGCAUUCUUCUUCUCCCAGGCCGACGGCGUAUCCUCAAACAGUGGCCUUUCGCUGUGGCUCAAGGCAGAGGGAUACUCAGUCGAGAACAUCAACACUAUCACCACAGUCUCGCCGGCUGUUACUAUUGUUGCAUCUGUGAUUUGUGCGGUCUUCUCUGAUAUCUACGACGCAAAGGCUAGCCUGAUCGCGAUAACAGCUAUGCUGAAUAUUUUCGCCUGCAUCGUUCUUGCAAUCUGGGAUGUCCCCGUUGGAUUGAAGUUCUUUGCGUUCUUCUUGUCUGGGACUGCGGAUGGUAUUGCUGCUAUCAUCUAUGCUUGGGCUAAUGAGAUUUGUGCCCAUAGUGCCGAGGAGCGGGCUAUUGUCAUCAGUGCUAUGAAUACUAUUGGAAAUACUUUUGGGGCUUGGAUUCCGCUCUUUGUUUGGAAAACCGUUGAUGCGCCUAGGUAUCUUAUUGGGUACAACUGGACUAUUGCCCUUGAUGUGUGCAUGCUUGUUAUGUUGGUGGUUUUGCAGCAGUUCUGGGCUCGUGAGCAGAAACGAUCUCGGGCAUAG